AUGCAUUUUAUCACAACCCUCCUUACACUGGCAUCUGCCGCCACUCUUGUCUACAGCGCAGAGACAGGCACCACCUGGAACGUCCAGCGCCUGAAGCAGAACUGCGGAAAAGGCGGCUGCAACCAAUCAUUCUACAUCAACGGCGAUCUUAGAAACUCUGGAGACCCCUUUGCUCCUAUCUUUACCCGCCAGUUUGACUCCCGCUGCACUCUGGGGAUGGGCACCGGAUGGACGGCGUGCCAGAGCCAGAUCCCGUACACGCCCGAGGACAAGGGUGGCCUCGCGAGGAUGGAAUGGAAUCAGGACAAGAAGGAGGUCGUGGUUUCGUUUACGUGGCUGAUAGAGUAUGGGGCGAAGAAUGUGAAUAAGACGGGUCGCAUGGUGGUCGAGCCGACUGGGCGGUGGGAUGUCGCCAAGUGCCUCCAGAUGCCUGUCAGCUCCAAGGAGGAGGUGUAA